AGGAAUCUUAAAAAUUCUGUUAAAAUGUAAAUGUUGCUACGAACAUUGCCGUACGAUUAUAUUUAAUUGAAGUAAGAUGAAUUUGGCAAAAGAUUUGUUCCUGAACUUGAAUAAUGGAAUAUAAAUAAAGAAGACUCCUAUCUUCAUUACUGUGAUAAUGAAACUGUUGAAGGGUUAGAAUAUCAGUUUAUUCCAAAAUUAGGAAGUGUUCCGAUAGUAACAGACAUGAGUUCCAAUUUCUUGACUAAGUAUAUUAAAUCAACUAAUAAGACCUUUGGAUUGGAAUAAAUUGGACUUGGUUUAUGCACAUGCACAAAAAAAUAUUGGUAUUGCAGGAUCAACCUUAAUGAUUAUAAAACCUGAACUUGUUCAAAAUAAUCAGAAUAUUCCAUAUAUGUGGGAUUUCAAGGAAAUGCUUAAAAAACAAUCACUAAUCAGUAAUCUUCCUAUUUUUCCUAUCUAUGUAAAUACAUUAGUUUUUGAGUGGAUUAGAAAACAAGGAACUUUAGAUUUCUGGGAUCAAUACUGUAAAAAUAGAUCUCAAUAGUUAUAUAAAAUUAUAGACAAUAGUCAUGGAGUGUUUAUAAAUCAAGUGAAGAAAGAAUAAAGAUCAAGAAUUAAUAUUACAUUUACUUUAAAGGAUGAGAUUGAAACGAGUAAAUUUAUUGAAGUAUGCAAAAACAAUGGCAUUAUUGAAGUGAAAGGACAUAGAGCUUUAGGUGGAUGUAGAAUUUGUUUAUAUCUGCCUAUUCCAUAAAUAGCCAUUGAUAAAUUAUGUGGAAUUAUGGAAGAGUUUAUGA